CGUAGUUGAAGGCAUGUCCACUCGGUGACAUACGGGAUUUGAACUGAUAAAUAAGGUUGAUAGUGUAAUCUUUCGAAAAUAAUAUGCUUGUUAAACCAAUGGGUGCAACGGACAAUUCUGGAAAAUUUGUUCACUAUGUCACGGAUGAAGAUCUUGCUAUGAUGAACGUCAGCAUCUACGACUACCCUCGUGAUACAUGGGUGACGAUCCCAAUGUGGGAAAUUCUAGUCAAAACAACCACAUUUCUCCCGUUGAUCACGUUCGGCAUCUUUAGUAACAUAGCGCUGCUGUGCAUAAUUUUCACAAUCCGGGCAUUACGAACUCCUACCAAUAUGCUGAUAGCAAAUCUGGCGGUUGCGGAUUUGGCUACGCUCAUUAUUUGCCCGGUGAUGUUUAUGCUUCAUGAUUUUUACCAAAACUACGUGAUGGGAGCAGUUGGCUGCAAGCUGGAGGGUUUCCUGGAAGGAUUGCUUCUCAUCACAUCCGUUCUCUGCCUGUGUGGUAUUAGCUACGAUCGACUAACGGCAAUUGUAUUUCCCAAGAAAUCCAGACUAUCUAUGAAAGGCGUUUCAAUUUUAAUUGCAUGCUGUUGGAUCGUGGGAUUCCUGUUGGCUCUUCCGUUGACAGUCUACCGAAACUAUAAGGAGAGGCAAUGGAAAAACUAUCUAGAGACGUUCUGUGCAGAGAACACGAACUUUCUACCACGCUACUGGCAUGUGUUAAUAGGAGCUCUGGUGUGGUUCCCCUUGUCUGUUAUGAUAUGCUGUUACAGUUUGAUUUUCCUCAAGCUAGAUCGUUACGAACGGAAAGUUCUUAUCCGGGAACAUCCUCUCUCGGUAACCUACAAAAGGAGAGUGGCAAGGUGUUUAUUUGUAGUGCUGGUAGUAUUCAUUUUGUUACGAAUACCAUUCACAACUCUAGUAUUUAUACGAUAUAAUCGGUAUGUGACUGCAAACAGUAAUCAAAUUGGAAAAGACUUCCUGAUUCUUUGGUAUGUCUCUCAUUAUUUGAUGUUUCUGAAUGCUGCCAUCAAUCCGCUUAUCUACGGAAUGACGAAUGACAACUUCCGAAAGGCCUAUAAUAAGACAAAGAUUUGGAGAUGCUUCUGGAAAUCUGGUCCAGUUAAGAAGAUUGAACCAAAGAGGAAGGAACCUGCUGUAAUGAUCAUCGGUCAUCUGCAACCCCGUGGUCCAUGUGGAAGUGACAAGUUUGUAGAUUUUUCGGACUGGAUCAUCCAACCGAAGCAAGAAAAACCAGUUACAACUUCACGCGAAACAAAAUCGUCCCAGCUGAAAGCCACAACGGAAGAAAUACAAAUCAAUAGUGUCAAAUAUUCACUGUACAACCGUAAUUUGAUACUGGCCGAUCAGUGUCAGGAUAAGCAAAACAAGCUGCAAGCAGCAGGGUUUAUUUAA